AUGUUGAAAAUAUUAGAAAAUAAAUUACAUGGCUUAACACACAAGAUAAUACAUUCUGGCUUGAUACUUAUUUCAAUAGCAAUUGAUUUUAAAGAGGGAAGUGGGUGCUAUUUAUUAUCCUUAACCGACGCAAUUCAGGACUACUACACUUCUAUUGAUAGUGAAUUCCUUAAUUUAAUUGAAAACACUUGUUCAUGGUUUGAAUAUGGUGGUUCAAUUAUAAAUAGUCAGUAUCCUAUAGGAUUAUUGUUCGACAAGUAUUGUAAAAACAACGGUGGUAUUUUGUUCAGCAUUAAAUUGGUAUUUCAAAACAAGAAUAGUAAUAGUAAUAAUCAGAAAGUUGCUAUUUUUUCUGAAAAAAACUCUGUAUUUAAUAAUGAUUUGAUUAAGAUCAUUACAAAUAACAUCAAGUUAUCACAAACAGUAAUGUUUGGAGAUUGUAGAAAAUUUCAGAUGUUGAAUAAGAAGGAUUAUGACGAAUUAUUUAAUUCUAUAUUUUCUCUAUCCAGAACAACAUGUGAAUAUGAAACCACAAUUAAUCGAUUAUUUGGGUCAACUAACGAAAUAUAUAUAAAUACAAAGAAUAUUCCAGUAAAAAUUCACAUUAAUAAUGAAUCAUUUUUAAGAUCAUUUAAGAAAGAUAUUAACAAUAGGUUAAUUGAUAUUAAGGAUAUUCUGAAUUAUUUUGUGUCCGAAACUAAUGUGGCCUUAGAUUCGCACGAUGUGAUCUUUCAUGGGACUGUACUACCAUUAAAUACACCAUUAAUAUUUUUAACUAUAUUUUGCUCUUAUGUUGAUGGAAUUGUCCAAUUAGUUCUUAGAGAUUAA